AGAAAGCAGCAGCUUCUUCCCUGCUCUCCCUUGCAUUUCCAUGUUCCCCACAGAUCAGUCCUGCUUUGCUCCAGCUUCUUGGAGGACUGACCUGACUCAUUUGCUUUCUCCUCAGAAACCUGAGUGGAAACCUCAUCACACAGAUCCAGAAUGGCACUUUCCAGGCAUGGCAUGGGAUGCAGUUCUUACAGAAGCUGAUCUUAAGUCAUAACCCCCUGUCUGUUAUUGCUGACACAUCAUUCUUCAAGCUGCCUUCAGUCAAUUAUCUCCUUAUCCUGCUGGAGGCACAAACCACCCCAGCACCAGCAGAACAAGGCAAAGACCAAGCAGUUCUGGUGUGUUCCCAGCUGCAAAGCAACCAAGGAGCUGGGAUAAAGAGUUGGGACACAAAGACAUCAAGGUCAAAGUGGAUUCAUCCUCUUGGGCACGAAGUGUCUCCUUCCAAGGACUGGAUCUUCACUCCUGGGAGAGCAGGAGGAGGAAUUUUGAGCUGGGAAAUCCUUUCUGUUUGCAUUCAUCUCUCACAAACCUGCAGGAUCUCCUCCUGGUUCAGCCCCCAUGGAGACCUGGGUGCAACAGGAGUGACCCAGCAGACCUUGCUCACUGUCCUCCUGACAACAACCAGCUUGGAAACACUCAAACUGCCCAGUGCCUCAGGCUGCUGCUUCUGCCAGGGGAAACACACCAUUGAGACCCCCUGCAGGACCAUCCAGUUCCACUGUGAGAACCUGUGCCUCACCAGUGCUCCCCAGUACGCUGACACAGAUCCCCUGGCAGAGAGGAAAGGAGGAAUCCAGGGAGCACUACAAGCCAGGAAACUCAGCUCCAGCGUGGUGUUGAGCCUCAAGUCCAAGGAGCCUUCACUUGGAGACCACAAAACCAUAACGUUUGUGGUAGAGCUGAGCCUGACCAGCACUGCUGGUGAUCUCAGUGACCUAAAUGAUGGUGUUUCUAGAACAAAUUCACGUUCUCCUCAGCACCCAUCCAGGCAGGAAGGCAAAACUGGAAACAGGCUCAGGGCUGAGCUGAAGAAGAAGCUGCACCAGGCUAGAAGUGUGAGAAACACCCUCCCAGUGCUUGCUGUGCAGAAGGACAAGGUGCAGGAGAACCCAGCAGUGAAGGGAGAGGCAGCCACAGGCUGGGUGCAGAAGCAGCUUGGCUCUGGUUGGAACCCCACUGAGGACCUCUCUGUCUUCAGACACCACAGAAGGUCUACAGCUCCUUCCAAACGUUCCCCUCCACACUCCCCAGCAGAGGCCCCUCAUUCCUCCAGGUCUUGGAAGAGUCUAAAUUAUUCUGAUGCUGUGGAUCAGACUGAGAAAACUCAGGGGCUGGAAGAUGCAGAGGAACCACCAGCUCCAAGGCAGGACCACGUUGGGACUUACAAAAGGCAGAAGCAGGGGGACAACCCAUCCCUCUACAGAAGCAACCAGCAUUUCUACCAGACCUUUGGCAGUGGGAAUCCUGAGGAAGAGCCCCCCCCGAUGGAAGGUGAAGCAGAGCAGAGACUGGAAACCAACCAGCACUUGUUCUAUGACCUGUCAGGCAAGAGCAGCCAGAGUUCCUCCCCAGCUGGGCACUCACCAGCCAUCCCUCCCACCACAGGAACACCCUGGAAGCCACAAAAGGAAGGAUCCAGCUCCCUCAAUAAAGCAGGGAGCUCGGGCAGCCCUGAGGACUCACUGGUUGCAGGAGAUCUCUGGGAAGCCCAGGUGGAUGGUCACCUGCGUGGGCUGGUCCCAGAUGAAUCCCUGAGGACAUUCCUGGCUGGCACAGCACGAGCCCUGAGGAUGGACUGUGGGCUCCCCCAGCUCCAGCUGCCCUGCACACAACUGCUCUCCAAGACAGGGCAGCUCAUAAAGCUGCUCAGCCAGAGAGAAGAUGACCAAGGAGCUUCUGAUCCCCUGGACCAGUGUCUCCUGGAAGGGAAUGUUUCCAAACUCAUGGUGCAGGCCAGGGAUGCAGGUGGGAAGAAACCAGAGCACACCAGCAGGAACAGGGUCCUCUUAGCCAUCCUGUUGUGUUCCAACAUCCUGAUCACUCUCACGGCGCUUUGUCUGAUGGAGGUUUGCUCCCAAAAACCUGCAGCUGCUUCCCAGCCCUACAGCACCAGAGGAGCACCCCUGAGAUGGUUUUCCAGGUUCUUUCAGAAGCUCCUGCCAUGGGGAUGGAGGAGGCACAAGCCCCAGGCCAGAGAGCAGGUCUGUGCUGGAUCAGAUCAGAACCAAACCACCCCAGAGUGGCUGAGACACCUGGAGCAGCCCCUCAGUUCCCAGCAGGAAAAGGCCUUGGCUGAGCUGUACGACGGAGAGCGCUCGGAGGAGGAGGAGGAGGAGGAGGAAGUGCUGAGGCUUUCCUUGGGAGCCAUUUCCUUGGGUGCCAUUUCCUUGGGAGCCAUUUCCUUGGGUGCCAUUUCCUUGGGUGCCAUUUCCUUGGGAGCCAUUUCCUUGGGUGCCAUUUCCUUGGGUGCCAUUUCCUUGGGUGCUCUUUCCUUGGGUGCCAUUUCUUUGUGGAUGUAA